AUGUCCAUUUCAAAAAAGUUUCUUACGGAAGCUAGAAUCAGACUUAUGAAAUUAGGACUCUCUCUUAGAAUUUACUCUGCAAAAGUUGAAAUGUUUUUCAAAAUGGCUGAAGAAAAUACAAAUUUUUUUAAUAAUUGUUAUAAUUUUAUAGACGUUGGUGGUGAAUUUAUCUGUGAUUUAGAAGAAGUCAAACUAUACGUAGAGAACAAUUCAUCAUUCACUUCCGACACAUACAGCAUAGACCAUUUUUAUAACGGCAAAAAUAAUGUUAAAAAGACAUUUAUUUUAUAUGGUCUAAUUGGUACCAGUGGAUUUCUUCCGCUGCACACUUAUUUACGAUCCUUGGCUGAAAGUAAUAAAAUAAACUAUGUUCUUCGUCAUCACGCAAAGGUUAGAGCACACCAAAAUUUGCGUCUUUCUGGUUAUGGAGUCGAAUUACAAAUUAAAUCAACUGAGUAUAAAGCCAGUAAUGAUUUAGAGGUAAACAAUAAUGAAAAUCAAUCAAAAGAGAAUACCAAAAAAGAAAUCAACGAUGCAAGUGGCAUAAAUUUCUCUCUACUUGAGAAACUUAGUCCUGUGAAGCGAAAAGAUUUAAAUAAACUGCAAAAGUAUGUGUCGGAAAACAUCCAUGAAGUAGGAAGUUUGAAAAUUUGGCAAUUUCAAGAGUUAAGUCAUCAAGCAGCUUAUAAAAUAAUUAGUUCUUUGCCAAGUGAAGUCAUUAAUGUAUUAACCGAAAUAUCUCAAAAUUUUCCGAUGCAGGCAAAAUCAUUAUUAAAAUUGAAAAUAAGUGACGAAAUGAAGAAAGAAAUAAAAUUGAAUCAAGAUGUAUUUUUAGCUAACUUGAAUAUUCAACCGUCUGACACAGUAUUAUUUGUAAAUGGAAUUUUCUUCGAUGUAGAAACUAUCGAUGUUCUAGAACUUAAAAUUAUGGAGUCUUUUUACAAAAUAGGUAUUGAUAAAGAGGAAAUAUAUAAACUAUUGACCUUAGAACUUUCAACUGAUGUAGAUACUCUAGAUUAUGCAAUAGAUAUCCGUGAUUCUGCUAUCAUUUGGUUGAAUGAUAUUGAAAAUGACUCAAAAUAUUAUCGCUGGUCACCGUAUCUUACCGAGUUAUUGCGACCUUCUUUUCCUGGUCGAAUACGCAAUGUCCGACGAAACAUUUACAACCUUGUAUUAAUAUUAGAUCCUACUAAUAAAACGUCACUAUCAUUGAUAUCUUUAAUAGAAUCUUUGUAUUCUACGCAACUGAGAAUAGGUUUGGUAUUCUUGACAAAUUUCGAUAUGACAAUCUCUGGUGCAACUGAUGCAAGCAUAGCAAUCAAUAAUGCUUUUCAUUAUUUUAUGGAUAAUAAAACUCCUGAUGAUGCAAUCAAGUUUCUGUUUAGUUUACACAACAAUUAUUCCGAUGGUUUGAUAGUUAAUGAUGUAGAAAUGGCAGUGAAAAACAUUGACCCAAAAUUAAAUUUGGAUGAGAUAUUUAAUAAAGAGUCUGAUUAUGAUGUUGGUCGUCGCCUUGCCAAAGACUUUAUUGAAAAAACUGGAUUCAAAGCAUUCCCUCAAGCUCUUUUUAAUGGUGUUCCUCUGUCUACUAAGCUAGAAAAUGUUGAUAUUCUUAAAGAGACAAUAUUAUCAAUGGUUAUGUCUCAAACUUUGAUGAUUCAAAAAGCUAUUAUUCGAGGUGAAGUUACAGAAGAUGAUGAUGUUGUCGACUUUCUCAUGAAUCAAACUAAUGUAUUGCCAAGAUUUAAUGAAAGAAUAUUGAAACCUAAAGAAAACUGUUGGCUGAAUACAGUGGGCUCUAUUCCGGAAAACACUUAUUACGAAAAAUGGAAUUCCGAGGAUUUAACUGCCUGGAUGAUAAAAAAUCUGCAGUAUCUUUAUGCUCCAAAAAAAACAGCUCAAUACCAUCUGUACACAUUAUGGCUUACAAUAGAUUUACAUCUUAUAUCAGGAAGAAAAUUAUUAAAGGAAGCCUUAGAUUAUUUGAAAUCAAAUGCUGAUGUGAGACUAUCAGUUAUAUUGUAUGAUAGUAAACUGCAUGAGUCUAAAGUAAAUAUUAAUAAAAUUGCUCUUGCCGCUAUCAGUGCGUUAAAUGUCAAAAAAUCCUAUAAAUAUAUCUACGAUCUCAUAAGUGGUGAUACAUUUCAAUCAAUCAGCAAUGGAACGUUUUUAAUCGAGGACUCUGCCAUUCAACAAAACUUGCAAAAUCAAGAAUUUGUGUUGCAAGUUCAUAACUACUUCUCUUCAAAAGUAUUAGGUGUUCAAGAUAGUAAUAAUGUUAUUGUAUACAAUGGUCGUAUUAUUGGUCCUCUCAGAGAAAAUGAAGAAUUCACCAGCGAAGAUUUUACUCUCUUAGAAAGAUUGAGCCAUAAUUUUUAUGGGGAUAAAAUUUUCAACUUCAUUUUGAAAAAUGAUUUUUUCAAAAAUAGUAAUGAUUUCUUGAAUUUCUCCAAACUUAAGAUUAUUUUCUCCGAUGUUCGCUACUAUUAUAGUUCCCGAUUUAUAUGUGACAUCUUUCACAACAACAUUACUUAGACAAUAUUUAUUUUGAUAAAGAAGAAAAAAAAAAGUUGACAACAUCAUUAAAUAUGACGCUACCG